AUGGCGGACGUAACAAAGAGAGAUGCGAGAAUAGCAGCGAAAACUCAUCAAGUCCACCAGCAACCACAUCAUGAGAUGAAUGAAGCCUUAGAAACUGUCGCGCGUCAAGCACCAGUCACCGCGAAACGGAUGGUUCGUGGUGAUUUGGAAGAGUCACUUCCUAAGCCUUACAUGCAUCGUGCUUUGGCUGCUCCCAACACAGAUCACCCAAAUGGGACACGGGGUCACAAGCAUUACAACAUGAGUGUUCUCCAGCAGCAUAUUGCUUUUUUCGAUAGGGAUGAUAAUGGCAUCAUUUAUCCAUGGGAAACUUAUUCAGGACUAAGAGCCAUCGGUUUCAACGUCAUUGCUUCCUUUGUUAUGGCGAUUCUCAUUAACGGAGCGUUGAGUUAUACAACGUUGCCUAGUUUGAUCCCAUCACCUUUUUUCCCAAUAUACAUACACAAUAUUCACAGAUCCAAGCAUCGAUGCAACAGGAAUGCGUACGACUUCUUCGGCUGGAUUGCAGCAAAGUUGGAAUGGGGUCUUCUCUACAUUCUUGCACGAGAUGAGGAGGGAUUUUUGUCCAAGGAGGCCGUUCGCAGAUGUUUCGAUGGUAGCUUGUUCGAGUAUUGUGCUAUGCUCCAAAAAGAGAGAGCUCUAGGUGCUAAGACAGAUUAA